GUAAAAUUAUUAUUAUCAAGCGGGCACAUCUCCGCAACCCUUUUGUUUUACCAGUGGUACGAAUCCGACGAACCCGCAGUCGUCGCCUCCACAAUCAACCUCCGUUUCUCAAUCGCUUCUACACAACAAAAUCAUCGGACCGUCAUGUUUGACCGCCGGAGACGGCCACGGAGACAGCAACAACGAAGAUGAUUCGAUUUUGCAGCUGGUGAAAAUGCCGGCAUAUAUCCUCUUUUACCUACACCGAUUUUCAUCUGAUUUACAUGGCCUUCUCAAGGUUGUUAGCAGUUUCCAGCAUUAGAAGGGCAGCAAAUUCCCUUCUUCCAAUUAAAGCUAAUAAUCAUACACUCCAAUUAACAGUUGCCUUUCGCCACUCCUAUAGACUCUAUUCACAACAUAAGGUUCUCAACAGAGGCCUUUCUUGUUAUGAAUCAAAGAAAAGUUUAUGGAGUUGUAGAAAUUUUCAAAGAUUCUAUUUCAUAUCAACAAGUAGUAAAGUCUCACACCAUGCUCAAAUGGCAUGGAAAAGGUUUUCCCAAAUCUAUACCUACAAUGUGCCAAUCCAACCAAUGAAUAGAAUCACAUGUGCUAUAAGCUUUGCUUUAACUAGAUCCCAACUCAUUGCUCCUGGAAUUUUAGCCUUUUUAGUAGGAGAACUCACAUGGAAACAAAGAACAUUAGCAGAAGCAGAAGGGUUUUACAAAAAUGAUCUUUUCACUUUCACACAAGAUGGACAUGUUUACUUAACCUCAUUCGUCUUCUCUCUUAUAGAACUCAUACUCUUAUGUCUUAGAGCAAUAUACUUAGCUUUCCUCUUCACACCAUGCAUAGCCAUGGCUCCUUUUGCUGAUUCCUUUGGACCUAAAUUUCGUCUGACAUGGCUACAAUGCGUCCACCACACUUUAGAAAAAGCGGGACCCGCGUUCAUCAAAUGGGGUCAAUGGGCUGCUUCAAGACCCGAUCUUUUCCCUAAUGAUCUUUGCAUAAAACUCACAGAGCUUCAAACAAAUGCUCCAGCUCAUACCUAUGCACACACAAAGAACACUAUCGAAAAAGCAUUCGGGCGUCGAUUAUUUGAAAUAUUUGAAAACUUUGAGGAAGAUCCGGUAGCUUCCGGAAGCAUAGCACAAGUUCAUAGAGCAACCUUAAAGUUUCGCCACCCUGGACAAAAAAUCAAACCCAUUCUUGUUGCUGUUAAAGUUAGACAUCCAGGAGUUAGUGAAAGAAUCAGAAGGGAUUUCAUAAUUUUAAAUUUGUUUGCAAAAGUGUCAUCUUUUCUCCCGAAUUUAAACUGGUUAAGACUCGAUGAAAGCAUACAACAGUUUGCUGUUUUUAUGAUGUCACAAGUUGAUCUUGCAAGAGAAGCUGCUCAUUUAAGUCGAUUUAUUUACAAUUUCAGAAGAUGGAAAGACGUGUCAUUUCCUAGACCUUUAUAUCCACUUGUACAUCCUGCUAUUUUAGUGGAAACUUUUGAACAUGGUGAAAAUAUAUUGCAUUAUGUUGAUGCACUUGAUGGAAAUGUUGGAAUUAAAACCGGGCUUGCUCAUAUUGGAACUCAUGCUCUUCUAAAGAUGCUUUUGGUUGACAACUUUAUCCAUGCAGACAUGCAUCCAGGGAAUAUUCUAGUAAGGGUAACUCAGGGAAAAGCAUCAGAUACUGGGCUUUUUAAAUCAAAGCCUCAUGUAAUUUUCCUUGAUGUUGGUAUGACUGCUGAACUUUGUAAAAAAGAUAGAUUAAAUCUGAUUGAGUUUUUUAAAGCUGUUGCUCUUCAAGAUGGACGUGCUGCUGCAGAACAUACACUUAAAUUUUCAAAACAUCAAAACUGCCCGAAUCCCACAGCUUUCAUUAAGGAUGUUGAGAAAUCGUUUGUGUCAUGGAGUUGUGGGGAGGGUGAGUUGUUAAAUCCUGCACAAUGUAUGCAACAGUUGCUUGAGCAAGUUAGGAGGCAUAGAGUUAAUAUUGAUGGGAAUGUUUGCACUGUGAUUGUCACCACUUUAGUUUUGGAGAGUUGGCAGAGGAAACUUGAUCCGGAGUAUGAUGUGAUGAACACAUUGCAAAAUAUUUUAUUUAAAACCGAUUUGGUGGAGUCUCUUUUCUAUACAAUUGAAGGCCUCAUGGCUCCAUAAAAAAAAAAAGGUGCAAUCCCUCACUAUAAAAACAUAUUCAUGUCAUUUUUGUUCUUUUUGAAUUCUACAAUGUAAUGUAAUAAUAAUCCUCAUGAAUUAAAAAAAGAAAAACAAAGUACUACAUGAUAUUGUUAUGUUGUAAGAA